UUAUUAUGUUAAUUAUCACGAUUUUAUAACCGACAUUCGACAAUCGUGUUUUAAUGUUCUUCUGUAAAAAAAAAGAAAAUUAUGUUAUUUUUCUGCCGUUUUUAAUUUACAGAAAACGUUUAAAAUAUUUUGACUGUUUAAUAAAAUGAAUCGUAAAUAAACAUUUUAAAUUAUAAGAUACGUUUAAAAAUAUUAAAUACAGAAACACAGAAACAAAAUUGUAGUAUGGCAAAUCAACUUCAAGGAUUGGAUUCCAUGAAUAAAAAGAUUAUUUUACAUAUAAACUCAGCCUAUGGAUUUGGUUUAGUCAAAGGAUCUAUUGUAAUUUACGCAACAUUGAUGAAUCAAAAAUUACAAACAGCUAUUAUUCCAGUCAAUCAAAAUGAAUUGAAAUUUACCUCAGAUAUUGUAUGGUACAUGGAUAAUGCUACAUUAAAAAAGUUAAAAAUGUCUAAUGCGUCUAUAAGAAUUGAGUGUUUUCGUAUUCCAAUAGACAAAUCAAGUUCAAAUGAAAAGCUUGGUUAUCUUUUAUUAAAAGUAAAAGGUGCACAAACCAUUAAUCCAGCAUCCAAUGAUCGUAUAGAAAAUACCUCUUACAAAUUAAUAGGAUCAAAAAACUGUUGUUAUGAUAUUAAUUUAUCAUUACGAAUUGAAGAUUUAAAUGAUAAAACUAUAGAAAUAUCACCAAAAAAAAUGAAAAACUUAAAUUUGAUAAAUAAUAAGAAUACAAUUGUUGACAAUUGUUUGAAAAAAAUAGAAGAUAAUAAACAUUUUGAUGAAAACAUUGAAAUAGAUUUAUCAAAACCUGAUAUUAAUAUGUUAGAACAAAUUGAUAUUUUACCAGAAAAAUAUGAACAGCACAAUGAAUUCACUUUUGAUGUUCAGCAAAAAUUAAUUGAAGAAUUAGAAGAUUGGAAAGACAAACAAAUGAUAUUAUUUAAUGAAAAGAUGAAAACAAAGGAAGAACAACUGUUAAAAGAAUUUAACAAUAAAUGGUCUAAUGAUAGAAAACGCAUUGAAGAUGAACUUACCUAUGCCAUGUCUAAAUGUAAAGCAUUAGCUAAGGAUUUAGACAAAAUGUCUGAUACAUUAAAGGAAAGGGAUGCAAUUGUAACAGCUAAAGAACUAGAAUUGGCUUGUCAAAAAGAUAGCAUGGACAAUAAAUAUUGUGGAUUAAUGCGAAAUACGCAAUCGACCAAUGCACACACAAUUAGUGAACUAAGUAAUACAAUUUUGGAAAUGGAAACAAAACUACAUGAAUCAGAAAAAAAGAAUAUUUUACUAAGAAAAGAAAACGAAGAACUGAAGUACAAAAACAAUUAUGGUUUACGUGUACAAGAAUUAGAGAAAACAAUUUCAAUUUUAGAGAGUAAACUUGAAGAAGCUAAUAAUUCAUGUAUGUUCUUCAAAGAGCGGUGGAUAGCAUCUGUAAGAAAAAUUAAUCAAAUAUACUCCAGAUUUCAUGAAACUAAAACUGAUGAUCAUUUACCCAACAAUAAACAAAAUAUUCAAAACAUAUUAACUAAUCAAUUAGUAGAACGCCAACACGAUGAAGAAAAACUAAGAACACUCUUAAAUGAUAUAGGUAAAUUACGGCAAAAUAUGGCCAACACAAAUUAUUAAUUUAACUGAUAUAACAUUAGAUGUAUUCAACAAAUAAUUAUUGUAUUAUAUUUAUAGAUUAGUAUUAAGAUAUUUUAAAAAUAAUUGUUUAUGGAUAAUCUAAAUUUUAAUAAACUUGUUAUAUUUUUUUA